UAUCAAUGUUCCGCUUUUUCCCUCAUUUUACCACGUUCCAUUUCUAAUAUUAAUUUGUUUUUCCCCGAUGUUUCAGAUCUGAACAAUGAGGCGUGCGUCGUACGUGUCUGGGGAACCUCUGAUCGUCGUCGAGGAGUCAGGGGGCAUCCCGGAGGAAGAGGAGGAAGGCGGCACGAGUGACAACCAGGAGUCGCCGACCAUCCCGGACUCGCCUUCGUUGAACCCCUAUCUUCUCUCGCCGUACAGGGACAUGAGGAAAAGAUCUCUGCCCACGCCCCAAUGUACAUCCGGUAUCACAGCAAGCCAGGUAAGAAGACUGUCAGAGCAAGGUGGCGAAGGUGGGAAAGGUCCUUCGCCUAUGGAGGCUGCCUUCCUGGCCACACUAUCCAGCGCACCUGCACCAACUCCCGGAGGAAGGAGGCACUCAGUGGUGACCAUAUCCAGGGCACCGCCGACGUCCGUUCUCUUCGGGAGGAACAGGAGAGAAUCUAUCGCUGCCUUUCCGACCCAAGGGCUUCCUCUGUCCCGGUUCCCUCGGCGCGAUUCUUCCUCAUCGAUCGCCAGGUCUCCGAGCGUGUCUGGAAGCAACUUCAAUUUACAACUAGACAUAAUGGACGACAUCGCGGACAUCAAAGCCGCCCGGAAAGUCAGACUGAAGAUGUGGCAGACGGACAGCCAGGAGAAAAUAUGCGAAGUGGAACCGCUGGAUGGAGCAGGCUCUACAGCUCGCUACCAUCAAAAAGAAAGUAGGAGAUUCUCCGACGUAACUGGUAUUCCUCCAUUGCAAGUACAGUCUAAACGUAGAGCGUCAGAGCUUCCUAAGUUUCAAAGUUCCGGUUCAGCCACACCCCCUACAGACAGGCCUAGCGGCAUUGUCUGUUCUAAUUCCGAUCUAAUGUGCAUCAUGUCAUCACUAACGUCCUCAGCUCAAGAGAUCAAUUCUUCCCAAACGACAACCACCACGACCCCGACGACAUUACCAGAACGUCCUGCACCUCCCAAACCCUCGGCGAUCGAAGACAAACGCAACCUUUUGAAAAACAGCCGGUCCAACAGUUUCGACGUUUCACUCCUGCCGGAAGGGAAAAGCGGAGAGGUAAAAGACAAAGGGGGCGCUCCGGGAAACUGGUUCCUAAGACGGCACCUUCCAAUGGCCAAUAAAAAAUACCUAGGAAAGACUGAAGACGAAGCGGCCUCUCCUGGAAAGAAAAAAAAGGAAAAAGUCGUCUGGGACAAGCCUUCGGGCUCGAUAGUAGAUGCCAAAGUAAUCGGUAGUGCCAUCGAAGUCUUUCUCAACCAAAGAUCCGGUGAAACGACGCCUCAAGAAGCCCCUAAAAAGACCCAGAAGACUUCCUGGUUUGGAGCGGAACCAAAAGAAACUGAUGAAGAAGUGACAUGUGACAACUCCAUCUGCUCCACCCUCAAAGACCUCUUCGUCAAAUAGCUAUAAAUGAUACCCCUGGUAAUAUUCGGGGGUAUUGUUUUAGAUGUUGUCGUUACGAUGAUUUACUUCCAAAAUUAAACAUAUUUGAUAAAACAAUUCUAAUCAAAAUGCGGAAAUUAAAUUUUAAAACAACUUAACUCUUUUGUCGUUUUUUGCAUAUUUAAAACUCAUAAAUGUCUGUUAAAUCCGAGUGACUCUCAUUCCCUUUGUUACAAAUUUCCAUAUAUUACCAAUACCUCUCACCAGAAAUCAUAAAUAAAAAAAUUAUUACAUACCGCAUACAAUAAUGUAUAUAAAUUAGCCAUAUAGUUAUAUUGUGUUACGUAUAAAAAAAAAAAUCCUUCUAAUGAAAGUAGUAAGAAGAAUUUACGCAGGUUGUUCAAUGUGUAGAUUGUGAUCCUACCAGUAAUAUUUUAUUAUUUAUACAAAUUAAAAUAUAUUUACUCUUGCAAAUGGGUAAAGUGUAUGUGAUAUUUGUGAUAGCCAUCAUUCUUAUUCCAUUGUUGUUGACUAAAGGAAUAAAAUAUGUCUACGACAGUUUAAGAUCCAGUGUUUUGCGAAGACAAUGGCCCUUCUUUGUACUUUCCAUUUCAUUUCUAAACAUUGGGUUUUUAUAUUAUAAUACAUUGUUCCAUAUUAAAUAAUAAUCUUCUACAUUUUUAAUGUUGUAAUAUAGGA